AUGGCCGGCGAAGUUUCAAACACUAGUUCCAGAGCGGACGAUCUUGCAAGUAUCAGCGAAAUUCCUGGAGACAUGUCUGCGCCGUUUCGGGAAGAUACGAAGCAAAACAAUGCGAAUGUCCAGAAACACGUAAAUGGCAAUUUCCCACCACCCAAAACGGACAAGCCCCGGCCACACGUCUGUACGACCUGUGGCCGGUCAUUUGCACGGCUGGAACAUCUCAAGCGCCAUGAGCGUUCGCAUACGAAGGAGAAGCCUUUUGCAUGUCCGAGCUGCACACGCUGCUUCGCGCGUCGGGAUCUUCUCUUAAGGCAUCAGCAGAAACUACACAUGACCACCCCUCCAUCCUCCCGACCAAGGAAUGGCCGAAGGGAGAGUACCAGUGCUGCAACCGGUGCCAACCGUGUUCGCAAAAACUCCGUUGCCAGCAACCCAAACUCUGUGCGACCUCGGGCGAACACCACGGGCCACGUCGAAAGCUCCGCUGUGGGGGUAGUCCAUACCGCUCCAAGUCCCUCAUCUGCUGCCACGCAGUCCAACGAUACCCGUCAUUCUAGCAUUGGUUCUGCGUCGGCUCUUUCAAACUUCGACUACCGCGGUUUUGGCACUACACACUCUCAUGUCAACACAGGUCUGACCAAGCUGGAGACGGCAGGGUUGCCGAUCGAUCUAUCUGGCGGCCUGCGUACUGCACCAGCCUAUGGUGGCUUCGAUUUUGGCUUUGGUGAUAUGCUCAUGGGCCAUGGCAGUACGAUCAACCCGGCUCAACUUCACUUCGCGGAUUCUCCUCAUCCUUUUGGCAACGACAUUCCUCCAUCUCCUUUUUCUCAGGCCAUCCAGGACUUGGAUCCGAUGAUGGACGAGGAGUACAAUUUUGACUGGAUGGACGGAUUCGAUCCCUUUCUAAUGUUGGGCAACAGCAACGAAUCCGCCAUCGAUGAGUCAUCUCCGUCUGCUAUGAGCACGGGAAGCCAAAGCGGAAUAAGUGAAGCCGUGAUAGACGGUUCGAAUCCCCUUCCGGUGUCUUCGUCCGGCUGGCCCAGCUCGUUCCCAGGGCAUAUUGCGAUGCCUCCUACCACACAGUUGGCGAUGGAUUUUACCUCUCCCACAUUUAACGAUACGGGAAUACCGCCAGAGACGGUUUCUCCCAAGUCGCUCAUGGCGCAGAAUCAGUUCGCUGAUGUGGCCUAUGGCACUCCCCCGUCCAUGGCACCCGUGGGCCAGCCCUUGUUGGGAGGACAUUCGCAGAGUAUGUUUUCAUCAUCCUCAAUGGCAACAAACGGAGAAUCUCCUAAUCCUCUCAACCCGCCUUUUGCGAAUAAUAGUGCCCCCUCAACUCACAGUCCCGCGGAUACCUUUACAGACAGCACUCGACAAGCUCUAUUGAGCAGCAUCUCGCAGUCCAAUGGCUUCAGCCACCGCAAGUACUCUCAACCUACGAGCGUCAACCCGUAUAGCUUCGAGUUCUCUACCCCUGCUGCAUUCGAUGUCGCCUGCCAAUUACCAUCCACCUCAGACAUGAAACGCUACAUCUCGUCCUACGUUACCUACUUCCAUCCGCAUUUAUCUUUCCUCCAUGUCCCUACUCUCAAUUUCCAAGCCUCCGAAUAUACGCAAAACCUCCAAGUCCCUAGCGGACACCUGAACCUGAGCUCAUCUGGCGUCGCAGGCGGCGCUGGCUGUCUCACCCUUUCAAUAGCCGCUAUCGGCGCUCUAUACGAGUCUGAUACGGCCGCCUCAAAAGAUCUUAUGGAAGCCUCCAAAAAGAUGAUCCAACGCUACCUCGAGGAGCGACGGAAAGUAGACAUGUCGACGGUACUAGGCCGUGCAAAUUCUGCCCGUGAAAGCUCCGCACAUGCUAUUCCGCUCUGGUUGAUACAGGCCAUGUUGCUAAAUGUCAUCUACGGUCAUGCAUCUGGCGAUAAGAUGUCUGCUGAUAUUGCCUGUACGCAUUGUGCUGCGCUGGUCAGCCUUGCGCGCGCAGCUGAUUUGACGCGCCAUGUGGCGCCGAAGGACCUUCCCCCCGACUACCUGACUUCCACCAACGGAAAUGAUGCUCACAGCCAUCCGAAUUCUUCAGCGUUUGGGAUACCCAAGGAAAGAAGAGAUUGGCUGAAUUGGAAAAUGGUUGAGGAGAGGAAGCGUAGUCUUUUUGCCAUCUUCGUUGUCUCCAGCCUGCUGGUAGCAUCCUAUAACUGUGCACCUGCUCUGACCAAUUCCGAGAUCCGACUUGACCUGCCUUGCGAAGAAAGCGUUUGGGCGGCGGAGUCGCCACAAGCGUGGAAGAAAAUGGGCGGGCCGUCUUCUUCAAAGGACACCUUCUCAUUUUCGUCUGCGUUGACGACUCUGCUAACUGCCUCGCAAAGGGAGCAAAAGCAGUCACAACCGACCCCUAGUCCUCUGAGGCCCAGCAGCUUUGGCUGUCUGGUGCUCAUUCUCGCCUUGCACAACUACAUUUGGGAAACACGCCAGAGGCACAUGGGUCGACAGUGGACAUCCCGUGAAGCAGAUGCUAUGCAGGCGCACAUCGAACCUGCCUUGAGAGCAUGGCAAGCUGCAUGGGCUAGCAAUCCUAUCCACAGUCUCGAGAGGCCAAAUCCAUUCGGCGCAGGGCCCCUCUCUGCCGACAGCAUACCACUCUUAGAUCUUGCGUACGUCAGGCUGUUUGUUAACAUUGGACGGUCACGGGAGGCCUUCUGCCAAAGGGAUUGGAACGCCAUGGCCGAUGAACUCACCCGUGGAACCGAAAUUAUCCAUGCAGACACCGUCACUCCUGACCCAUCGGACCGUUCGGGGGGUGAUGUCGGAAGCCAGGUCCGCAAUCGCCAUGAUUCCGUGGCAGAUUUGGGAGUAGCAGAUCUCUCUCUCUCUAAAGUUUCACAUCAGACUCAAACAGCGCACGAUUUGCCAAAUGCCUAUCGAACUAGUCAAUCUGCUCGUGAGAAGCACCUACGAAAGGCAGCAUUUUAUGCCGCUGAUUCAAUGGCUAUGUCUGACCGGCUCGGCAAUACGUUUGGCGAGCUUACUUCCCGGGAGCUUCCUCUUCAAAGCGCCUUGUGCACUUUUGACUGUGGGCAAGUUCUUGCGGAAUGGAUCUGUACAGUCCAAGAAAGAGUCGGCCCCUAUCUUGGGAUUUUGGGACAGGACGAAAUUGACUUGACGCAAGUCCCAGGUAUCAUGCUCCUCGAGGACGAAGACUGCAAGCUUGUGGAAAAGAUUAAGGAUAUUCUCGGAACCAUUGAGACUAAAAUACAGCGUGCCGCUCAGAAUAGUGGCUCCGUGCCGGCUUUUGAUAUCUGGCGGCGACUUCCUAGUGUCGUGGAGGGAGGAUUUGGAAGCAAGAUCGCCAUAGCUACAGCGUGCGUACUUGAUCGGGCUUCUGUAUGGCCAGUGUCCAAAUUAAUGGCCCGAUCACUUGAGGCACAAGCCAUUCGGAUGAAAGAACGUGCUGAAAAUUCGGUUUUGUUGAGAAAGUUGUGA